AAAACGCACUGGUGUCAAGGUUGUUAUGAAUAUCAAUUUGAAUUUGUUGAAAGCUGAAAUGCUUGUUAUAAAGAACUGCUUACCUUCCAAUUAUAAUCAUGAUGUUACUAAAGAUAUUUGUAAGGAGUCCACAUUUACAAACGUGUAUAAAAUGUUACAAGUUGCUCUUACAAUUCCGGUGAGUUCUGCUACUUGUGAAAGAAGCUUUUCCUCAAUGCGUCGUCUAAAAAACUGGCUAAGGGCAAGUAUGGAGCAACAGCGUUUCACAGAUUUAUCAAUAUUGAAUAUUGAAAGAGAUAUUGUUAAUAAAAUUACUUCAUCAGAAAUACUAGAAAAAUAUUCAACUACU